AUGUCCGGUGCAUCAUUAAAAGAUAAAAUUGAUUUCACUUAUUCGCAAUGGUAUGAAAAAUUGCGUUAUUCCAACUUUACGUCCGGAAUGGGAUUCUUCAUUGACGGCAAAAUGAAAUCAAUAAGUGGGGAAAUACCAUAUCAUUUUGUAAAUGAUCCCGAUGAUAUAUCUACCCAUAAAUUAAUUUCAAAAUUGUUCGCCGCGCUUAAAUAUUUUCUUGAACACUCCAAUGCAGGUUGGUUUCUAAGAAUAUGCGAAGAUACUGUAAUCAAUCUUGAUACAUUCCCAUUAUUUUUAAAAGAACUUAACGAAAAUUUUAAUCCAUAUCAAGAUUUUGUUAUUCAAGGUGCCUGCCUUGGAAAAAUCAAUACUACAUAUCUUCAAGGAGGCUCUGGCUUCGUAUUUUCCAGAAGAGCAGCUUAUCAAAUUUAUCAAGAUUAUUCUUGGUUCAGAAUGAUGACAAACAUUAACAAAGCUGAUGACAGACUUCUUGGCUACUACCUAUCCAAAAUUGGAGUACCUCCUGCAAACUUUACUUCGCGUUGGUUUCUUGGCCAUUCUUUCUGGAAACAGGAGAGUGCUCUUAAAGCUGUCACUAAUGUGUCUAACAUUGAAAAGUGUACAGUGCCUGUUUCAAGGAAAGGAUGCAGAAAAUUCCUUACAAAAGUGAAAGAUAUCACUUUUUGGCAUGAUAGAGUGCCUUUUGAUGAGUUUGUUCUUCAGCAUGAGAAAAUAAGAGCAGCUACACCCGAUAAUUUAUACUUUUAUGUUCCAAUUAACAAACCUGUUUUAUGUUUAGGUGAUUCAACAACCGAAGCAAGAUACUAUGAUUAA